AAAAUUAUUCAUCCAAACAGUUCCUUUCACAAAGCAUUUAUAAAAGCUUAUAAUACAUUUGUCGCCGGAAAAACAAGAUGGGGUCAUCGGAAAAUGUGGAUUCAGGCAAGGUGAUCGGUCAGAAAUCUCAGUUUACACAAACUUGUAAUCGUUUGAGCCAAUUCUUGAAGAAAAAAGGUUCUGUUGGAGAUCUUAAUAAUCUUGGAAUCUACCGCACUACUUUUGAAACAAAUGGAUCUCAACAAACAGCUGCCACUACAACUACUAUGAAUUUGUUGCCAAUGAUUGAGAAAUCAAGUGAUUCAUCAUCAUCAUCAGUAGAAACAAAUCCACAAAAACCCAUGAAUCUUUUCCCUCAAGAAUUUGAUUUCUGCAAAGAACAAUCCACAAAAAAGACUGAAUCUUGGAAAUCUGAUCAACCAGAAAAGGCACAAAUGACCAUUUUCUAUGGUGGACAAGUCAUUGUGUUUGAUGAUUUUCCAGCUGAUAAAGCAAAUGAAAUCAUGAAAUUAGCCAACAAACAAAACCCCACAAACAAUUUCACUUAUAUUAUGAUGAAGAAUCAAAAACCAGCUGAUCAAUCUGCUACAAAUUUUGGGAAUAAUUUGAUUCAAGAACUCCCAAAGUGUCGAGUUCCAAUUCCACAGCCUUCUGUUGCUGAUUUACCAAUUGCAAGGAGGAAUUCACUUACAAGAUUCUUGGAGAAAAGAAAAGAUAGAAUAACAGCAAUUGCACCAUACCAAAUCUCCAGCAACAAAAAAAUAGCUAAUUCCAAGAAUGAGGAAAACAAGGCAUGGUUGGGAUUAGGUGCUCAAUUUGUUAAAACUGAGCAAUACUUUUAGUUUUCUUUUUUUGGUUUUUCAUUUUUGAUGAUUGAAGGCUAGUCUUGGCGUACCUCGUAAAGUUACUGUUAUAUGACCCGAAGUCACAAGUUCGAGUUAUGAAAAUAGUCUUUUAUAGAAAUGCAGGAAAGUUUAUGGGAGCUUAGUGCACCGGAUUGCAGGCCUAUUACUUUAUUAUAUUACUAUUAAAUGACCAAGUUUUUGGUUUUUUUUUUCUUUUUUUGGUUGGCUUCAAGAUUGAUUGAAGCCACUUUGAUCUAACUAUGAAAUAUUAUUUACAACAUUUUUUUGUAGUCAAGUUGUUAAGUACCUCAUAUAUAUGUACUAUUAUUUAAAUU